CAGAUGUUUUUGUGUGGAGGUGCAAUGAGUUUUUGUGAUUUUGUUUUCACAUUUGAGCAUGUAGAAAAGAUAAAAUCUACUUUCCAUUGCAGGGGUCAUUCGACCCAGACCUGACUUCAGGUCUUUUUUGCUUUGGAGAAGUAAUUGAUGUUGGCGCUCAUUUAGAGAUGAUAAAAAAAAAUAAAACAAAAAAUAAAAUUCCCAACGUUUGAGAUGGGAAGUAUUUGAGGGUUUGCAAGUUUGGUGCCUAGUACCACUGAAACUGUGUGAAAAUAUAGCAUUUUUUACAAGUUUGUGUUCUGUUGCAUUUGAGUUUUUAUGGCUUGAAUUAUUUUCUUACUAACAGCUCAUAGUUUAUAAGUAUUGCAGUUGAGUAUGACUGUUUUUCACAAGUGUUGGUCUUCACAAAGUUUAUAGCUUCUGUGUUUAAAAGUCAUUUUUGUUGUUUCUAUGGUUACCACUGAGCAACAUCUCAUGCAUUUCUGAGGACAAGUUGGUGCAAACUGUGAACAUUUGCACUGUUUGUCUUUUUUCCUUGUAUCUCUAUAGUUCACACUGACUGAUAACCAGUUUCUGGGUUAGGGUUAGGGCAAGGAUGGGGAUAAGGGGAAGGUUAAAUGGCAAGCGGUUAGAUGUUAAAUGUCGGUUAACUGUGCAUUCUACCGCGGGCGUCGGAAACCGAUGCUCUGGCACAGCACGUCGCCUCCCGAUGCGUUGGGACUCUCAACACGUCAAACAAACGCUUGGUCACCUAGCUUCAUUUUUCGUCGCUUCAGGUGUGAGAAUGUGUUGCUUUGAUGGAGGUACUGAAAAAGGGGCAGCAACCACAAACCUGUUACUCGUGGAAAUGGCUUGAAGACUUGGAUGGGGUGACGGUGGCUCAGGAGUUAAGUGCUCGCCCCAUAAUCAGAAGGUUGUGGGUUUGAGCCCCGCUCAGUUUGUCACUGACAUUGUGGCCCUGGGCAAGGCCGGUGGCGUCAGUGCUCGGCGGCCUUGCCUCUGUCAGUGCGCUCCAGGGCAGCUAUGUUGUAUCUCAUCAACACCAGGGUGUGAAUGGGUGAAUGACUGAUUGUGUUGUAAAGUGCCUUGGGGGGUUCCAGGACUCUAAAAGGCACUAUAUCAAACACAGGCCAUUUACUUGCUGUGUUGAGUAGGUACUUGUUGAAAACUUCUUUACGAACGCCCUAAAGCAGUCUUCACAAAUGGAGUGGAAUUGGUGUUUGAAGAGCAAGCCGCCCCCCACCAGAGUUUUACUCCACCCACAUGAACUGACUGAGUAAAAUGCACCAAAAGGAGGCGUUGCCUGGUGAACAAGAUGGCAGCAUUGCGGCAGUGACUGGUAGUCUAACAAACACACACAGGCAGAGACACAGAAGCACGAUCCUUGUUGACCUUUAACUUGAAAGGUCAAGGUCACAUUUAUUUCUAAAGCACACUUAUUAUUGCUUCCGCAACCCAAAGUGCUGUACAACACAGAAGAUAAAAUCGCAAACAAGUAUAACUAAAAACCAUAAAACCAUAAAAAUCAGCAAGUUAGGAUAAAAACAACAUUACAUCACACAAUUAUAAAAUCAAUAAAAAAUGAGAAAGAACGACGAUGACAAAAUAAAAUCAUCCUACAUAAAAGCCAGGUUGAAUAGAUGAGUUUUAAGCAAGGACUUAAAGACAUCCAGACUUUGUGAGGUCCUGAUCUGCAGAGGAAGACUGUUCCAGAGUGUAGGACCGGCCACAGAAAAAGCCCCAUCUCCCCUCGUCUUUAGGCGAGCCUGUGGAACUGAUGAUAAAAACUGUGAACCCGACUGCAAAUUUCUGGCAGGAGUGUAGGGUGACAAUAAAUCAUCUAGAUAAGGAGGGGCCAGACCAUAAAGUGAUUUAUAAACAAAAAGCAACAAUUUAAACAGAAUCCUGUAAUGCACUGGCAGCCAGUGAAGGGAAGCAAGCACUGGAGAGAUGUGAGCAUGCUUCCUUGUACCUGUUAAAAGGCGGGCUGCUGCAUUUUGAACCAGUUGCAAACGGUUUAAGGAGGAAUGCCCUAAUCCAUAGUACAGGGAAUUGCAGUAAUCUAGUCGACAGGAGACAAAGAGAUGAAUAACAUGUUCAAAGACAGUUUCCGGCAAAUGGCACUUAACCUUUGCACGUUGCCUCAAGUGAUAAAAACCAGACUGGACCACUGCACUUAUCUGUCUGUCCAGUUUAAACAAACCAUAAAAAACACAGGUUUUUCUCAUAAGGCUUUACAAAAUCCGAGGGCGCUACACUGAUGGUCUUUUGUAGAAUAUUUAUAUUUUAAAAUAAAACAUCCUGUAACGCCAAAAUAACGAGCACACAUGUCUACAGGACUAUUAGGCACUUGUUUAUACAGUUUUUCACUAACAAAGUUGAUUUAGGGUGACUUGCUAUUUAAAAGAUUGAGUUAAUUUUAGGCCAAAGAAUGACUUUACAAAUAUUGAUAAUUCAUCUGAUCACAUUUUAGAAUAAUCUGGAGUUUAUGGGCGCUGACAACAAACUUUUUGAUUAGUAUUUGUGUCAUUCUCUAACUUUUGGCCACAGCUCUGUAUUCAUAUCUAUUCACUUAGCUCUGUUAAUGUCAGGUUUAUACUCUUACUUUUUCAGUAAUAUCCAGUCAUGUUCCUAAAUCUUAGAACACUUUGGGUUGAGACAAUUCAUGACACAGAUGAGGAGAUAUAAACUUGUGCAUGGAUGGUUUCUGCACAGCCGUGCAGUGCUAAGCCACAGCAAAAAACAGAGUUUACCUGAUUGUCCCAAUUCUGACUCUUCAUAAACAUAUCAGCUGGUUCUAAUGGGAGGAUGUAGAACAUUUCCAUAACCACUUUACAUUAAUAUAAACAUCGUUGUAUUUCGUUUUAACCUGAUUACAUCACCUGAUUGUUACUGUGAGUUGCUUGACCCAAAUGUAGUUCUUCCAACUCUACUCUUUGCUUAAAUGUCAAAGUUCAUUGCUGAAUGACAGGAGGAUGGACAAAGAACUUCUUAAUGCUUUAAAAUGGCUCAUACAAUGACCUUAUUUAAUAUGCAGAUGUUUGGACAUGUUAAGUUACUUAGCCCAGUUUUUAGCUUUAAUCGUGUACUUCCUGCUUCUGUAAUGCACUUGUAGGCAGUACAGCUUCACAAAUUCAGUUUCAUUGAUGAAACCCAAGAACAAAGAACUAAAGAUGAACGGCUGCUUCCGGGUUUCUACAUUACCCCAACCAUGAGAGUCUUCCAGCAUCUGCACGCAUGAAUAAUGCUGUUGUUGUACACCUGACUGCUACAGGUGACCCCGUCAAGCACAAAAUUGCAUGAAUAAAAUUUAUUUUUCUUCA